UCUUCUUUCUUGCUUGUUGGUUAGGUUUGUCAGCUGAAGAAGGUGAAGCAGGUUGUGAAUUGAGAAUUUGUGAAAGGGAAUGGGUAUCAACAUAAAGGGGCAAGUAGAGAAGGUGAAUGUGAAGGAAUUGCGUUACAGUGAAUUUGCGGAGAGAUAUAUGGAGAAGAACCACCCCGUCGUGCUUACUGGACUAAUGGACCAUCAUUGGAGGGCUUCCACUGAUUGGGUCAACCCUGAUGGUCAACCCAAUCUUCAAUUUUUCUCCACUCAUUUUGGGUCUUCUAAAGUUCAGGUUGCAGAUUGUGACAUCAGAGAAUUCACUGAUCAGAAAAGAGAGGAGAUGUUGGUCUCAGAUUUUGUAGGACGUUGCCUUCAAGUUGAGGGUUCUGCAGUUCAGUGUAAUAAUGAAAAUCCUACAUGUGAUGGUCACUCUGUAUCUGUACCGUAUUUGAAGGAUUGGCAUUUUGUAAAGGAGUAUCCAGAUUAUGUCCCAUAUGUCACUCCUUUGUUCUUUUGUGAUGAUUGGCUCAACAUGUAUCUUGACAACUUCAGAAUGCAUACAGAUUCUGACACAUACCAACAAAAUAAGGAAAUAUGUUGCUCUGACUAUCGAUUUGUUUACAUGGGGAUGAAAGGAUCUUGGACUCCUCUUCAUGCUGAUGUUUUCAGGUCCAAUAGCUGGUCAGCAAAUAUCUGUGGAAAGAAGAGAUGGCUUUUUCUAGAUCCUUCCCAGUGUCAUCUUGUAUUUGACAGGAAUAUGAAAAGCUGCGUAUAUAAUAUUUUUGAUGAAAUAUCUGACUCAAAAUUUCCUGGUUUUAAAAAGGCUAUCUGGUUAGAAUGCACACAAGAAGCAGGUGAAAUUAUAUUUGUUCCCAGCGGAUGGUAUCAUCAAGUUCAUAAUUUGGAGGAUACGAUAUCUAUAAACCACAAUUGGUUCAAUGCCUAUAACCUUUCUUGGGUGUGGAAUUUACUUUUAAGGGACUACAACGAGGCCAAGGAAUACAUAGAAGACAUCAAGGAUGUAUGUGAUGAUUUUGAAGGUCUCUGCCAGCGCAAUCUUGCUGCUAACACAGGGAUGAAUUUUUAUGACUUCUUUAUUUUCCUGUCAUACUUCACCAUGGCCAACUUGGUGUUGCUCUGCUAUAUAAAUGGAAGACAUGGAAGUGCUACUGGAAGCUCAACAGUAGCUCAGCAUUUAUCUAUGAAUCUUGGGUCUAUAAGGAAGAUUGCAUCAGAGAUGAAACACGUGCAUGCUCUGGAAGGAAAUCAUGAUUGUGUUGUGGAUAUGAUCAAAACAUUUGAAGAUCCUAGGUUUUCCAAAUUGUGCAUGCAUAUGGGAAGAACUUAUGUGAUGAUACAUAAAAUAUCUUAUUUGUCCUCUGAUUUUGAGAGCGCUUCAGUGUGUGAUUUGGUAGACCUCAAUGUUUUAAAAGCAUACACUUCUUCUCAGGUCUACACCCCUGAAGAUCUCAUUAAAUUCAUAGACAAUGCUGUUGCAGAGCUGGGUGAUUGUUACGUUGAGUCAUCUAUACUACGUGUUGCUUGAAUGCCCUUUUCAAAUUCAUGUUUGACCACUGAUUGCUCUUGAAGUUGGGGCCAGCUACUGCAGUCUUACAAAUUUCAACUCUUGCCAUCUGAUCUUAUGAGACAAGAAUGUUAUCAUCCAUGUGGCAAUUGUCCUCGUCUAAGGUUACAAUUUGGAAAAUGCAGCAUAGAAGGUCUUCGAGAUUCGUUUAUAGCAUGCUUGAUUGUUGUUCCCACAGCUUCAUUGAUGGGUGUAUUGCCAGUAAAAAACGUAGUUUACAUUGGAUUUUGUUUCGGAAGAAUGGAAAAUUCAUGAUGCAUCUACGCAAGGCAAUAUGCAUGCCAGGAUGGGUUAAAGCCAACUUUAUCGUAGACAAAGUUUUAAAUCUCUUUUUGAGUUUCAGUAGGGAAAGACAUAUGCAGAAACACAGCACCCCUCUAUUCAUUGUUUUUUAUAAUAUAUAAUUGGAAUAGAUUUUGAUGGGAGUAGAUGUUUCCCUCGAAUUGUGAAGUAGAUCAAUGUAACAGUGGUGAGGCAACAAUAUGAACUAAAGCUCAAUGAGAGUCACCAUUGAAGUCUCACACAAGCAGAGGAGGCAUAUAAUGACUUGUGAGUAAUUAUUUCAGCAGAGUUUCAAUAUGGAGAACAAUGGUGAAGAAGAAAAAUGAUGGUAUAUAUAUAGUGGGGUAAAGAUUCCUCCAACAUGUAUUGCUUGAUGCCAUAACCAUUUUUCCAGUUUUAUGGACCCCGUUGAAAUAUGAGACUGCAUAACCCCUCACGUGUAA